AUGUUUAUACAGUCGAGGAGAAAGACGAGAGAACCCAAGGAGGAAAAUGUGACACUAGGACCAGCUGUUCGUGAGGGUGAGAAUGUUUUUGGUGUUGUUCAUAUCUUUGCUUCCUUCAAUGACACCUUCAUUCAUGUCACUGAUCUCUCUGGAAGAGAAACUCUUGUUCGUAUCACUGGUGGAAUGAAAGUAAAGGCUGAUCGUGAUGAGUCGUCUCCUUAUGCUGCUAUGCUUGCAGCUCAAGAUGUUGCUCAAAGAUGCAAGGAGCUUGGCAUCACAGCAAUGCAUGUGAAGCUCAGAGCUACUGGAGGAAACAAGACUAAGACUCCAGGUCCUGGUGCUCAGUCUGCCCUCCGUGCUCUCGCUCGUUCAGGCAUGAAGAUUGGUCGCAUAGAGGAUGUGACUCCGAUUCCAACCGAUAGUACCCGUAGAAAGGGUGGUAGAAGGGGAAGGCGUCUGUGA